AUGCGGGACAAAUCAAGGUGGGCAGAGGUCUCGAAUCUCUCCACAUCCAACAAGAUAAACUACACCCAUGCAAAAAACAUGGGUAUAGCUAUCCGUGUCGAAACACCCAUUAGUGAGGACUACAGAGCCCUCACUAGAUUUCUAACCUACCACAAGGUGGGUUAUCAUACUUUCGCUCUCCCAGAGGAGCGUAAAGUUCGUGCGGUUCUGAGAAAUGAUCCGUACGAACUCGCCACCAAUCUGAUCCACAAGGAUCUAAAUGAACAAGGCUUCCCCGUGGAGUCUGUUUAUAAAAUGCAUAGUAGAGCCGGCAGGCCCUUCCCUCUGGCUCCAAUUCGCGCUCGCGACAUUUUCAAGGCCAAAGACCUUAGGGUCUGCGGCCUUACCGGGGUUAAAGUAGAACCCCCUCACCAACGUGGUACCCCGGGUCAGUGCCACCGAUGCCAGCUUUACGGGCAUGCGGCGACCAACUGUUCCGCAACUUCGAGAAUGAGCAGAAUGUAUAGGUGUACUGGGCCCGUUUUGCUAUCUGAUUUCAUAGUCUAG